AUGGCUGCCGCUGUGAGAGUUUGUGUUCGCCUCAGAAAAAUUGCAAAUCCAUGCUCUUCCCUACAAGCCUUUGCCCUUCGGGCUUCUUGUGUAACUGUAAAAAAGUUUUUGUCGUCAUCUAGAGUUUUUUAUUCAGCAAGUGAUGAAAUUGAGUCGAAUCCGUUUUACGAAAAAUACGCUGCGAGAAUCAAGGAGGUCAGGAACGAGAUAAAAGAAGGAAAAUUGUGAGUGCAAAUUUUCAACAUACAUGUAAUCAAGCGAUAUUAGUAGCUCUAAAUAUUUUAAUCAAACUUACUGAUCUGCUAAUGCAAGUGAGUUAUAGCUCCCAAACUAAGUAUACUAAGUAACAUGCCUAACACGUAUUUCACAUAGUAUAAUUUAAAAGCUUGUAUUGCUGCAGUGAGGCGACUUGUGGAGACUCAGAAACCAAGUGUCCUUAGCUUUUCACAUGACGGCAGUAGUUUCAUCUGACAUAAUAUUUCCAGCUGACAGGCAAUAUUUUGGCAAUGCAGAACUCAAGAAAAUUUUGGUAGAUUUCACAGCCAUGUGAAGAUGAAACAGUUAAAUUAUUGCAUGUCUAGCAAAAACACCGUGUGGCGGAUAUCAACUACUUUUUAAUGACGAAUAUAUGCUAGACUUUCAAAAAAUACCUUUGUUCGAUUUAGUAUGGCCUGGGACAAAGGACUUUUCAUGCUUGAUUGGUAUCCAGUUUUAAUUAGUGACCCAAAAAUGGGUCGCUGCGCUUAGACCAAUCAGAGUAGCUCGACUUUAGAUCCCUUGGAGAUAAAGUGUUCACUCACAAGUAAUUAAGCACGCUGAAAUGUGACUUGCGGUUGAAAUUCCAACAUAGGGUUGAUUGCAAAAACAAUAUGAUAAAAGAUGCUCUCGAGGCCACAAGAUUUUAUUCAAUAUGCGUGACUAUCAGAGGAAAUUAAUCAAAGCAUGUCUGAAGGAUUGCAAUGUGAUUCUUUUGCUCGCCGGUAUCAUACCCUGAUCCAAGCGUGUGCGUGUCGUUUUAUUGACAGGGGCUUACUCCUCCUUUUUUCUCUGCAAUGGCCUUCCUUUACAAUUUGAAGCUUUAUUUCCCACACUUUGUGAAGUUUCCGAUCAAUGGUUUCAUUCUUGUCAGCACAGUCAUGGUGUAAAAUGUUUGUUAACAAACGUCACUGGAAAUCUCCUUUCCAAUACUUAGUAUUGACUCAAGAUUAAAACAAGCUUUGGUUUUUUUCUGCCCCCUGAGGAUGUUAUUACACUGAAAAGCACAAAGUUGACAAAUUUGCCCUUUCCAUGUCGGAGAAACAUGCAUACACAGGUUAGAUUGUCUUUGUUGUAGUGGAAUCAAUGCAGUGAAGGACUCCCAAAUGUAACCCGAAACCCCAAAUGUGAGUGACGCCGGUCCCCAAUUUUGGGGCAAAAUGCAAAUAGAAACCUUUAAAGUGAGACAAAAACUCCCAAGAAGCUCACUCUGCUCUCUUAAAAACUUGUGAGGUCACUUGUGAGGUUGACUUUUGGCAAGUCUAAAUAUAUAUGUGCAGGAAAUCUGUUUAUAUCCUCAAACUGUGUUGGUCCAAGCAAGUGUUUUGUAAGAAAUUUUAUCUGGAAGCAAGAAUGCCAAAAUAGUUUGAGUUUUUCAUUUCCAAAAUGCUUUUUAUAGAAGGAGACAGUGUGGUCGAGCGGUUAAGGCCACCGGACUUGUAAUCCGGAGGCCCUGACUUCAAGUCCUGCCCUGACCACUAACUGGAUUUGUUCCUUGGUACUCCCAACUUCAUGAUCCUCAGCAACAUUUGUGAAAUAUCCAUCUGGUUCACCUUCUACCAGUUAGGAUUCUUAACUUUGUAUUAUGUUCAACUUGAAUUAUUUGUUUCAUAUUCAAUGAAAAGCACCAGAAGGGGAGAGGAUAGUUAAGUAUAUACUAUUAUUAUUAUUAUUAUUAUUAUUAUUAUUAUUAUUAUUAUUUUAAGUGAGACGAAAAACAUUUUAUUGACAACAAUACUAACUAUUAAAAUCCUAUUUACAAUUAAUUCACUUGAAAAAAAGAAAAAACUAUUCAUUCAAAACACUAUUUACAAAUCGUAUCGAUUUAAAAAGCACUUAAUUUAGGUUAGAAAGAGUUAAAUAAAUUAACUAAGAAAAAUUAUUCAAAUUAAAAACACUUCAUUUCAAUAAAAAAAAACUAUCAGCCUCUAAAAUUCAAAAGUUUCUUUCAAUGUUUAAAAAUAAUCACAUGUAGUAUUAUUAUGCUAUGAACUUGGAAAUAUUGUAUGAGUUGAUCUGCUUUUGUAUGAAUUUUUAAAGAGAUUAUGUGGCUCUAGGAGGACGCUAUUCUCAAGCUGGUUGGCUGAUAUAAUACACUUAGCUGGGGAUGUUAUUUCAAACCAAUUAUUGUGAUUUAUAAAAGACAUUUCUCUUUUGUCCUUCCUUUUGUUACAAAUUACAGAGAAGAGAAGAGUCCAGGUGAGAAGUUUUGUUUGGAUGAGCAAGUUCAGAGAGAAGCUGAAAGUUACAGACAGAAAGUCCAAAAAAAGGCUGCUGAUGUGAGUUUAGCUUCAUGUUCAGUUUCUUACAAUAAUAAAAAACCCUUACCAGGGGGGGUGAUAUUAGAGUGUGACUUAGCCUCCUCAGCAGGCUUCACUGUCCUGUUUUGGAGAAUAAGUGGGGGAGUGGGGAGAGAACAGGAAGUAACAGUGAUGCCUGCCCAAUAUCUACAAGGUAGGUUCUUCACAUGUUGGCUCAUGCAUACAAAUCCCAUUAUUUUGUGUACGGGAUAGUGGGAGAAUUUUGAGAACAAAAGCUGUUUACCAGGACCUAGAAUAGUUUCUUAGUUUGUCGAAAAGGAAAUGCAUCCUCCUGGACCAGCAAAUAAUGCAUUUAUAUUUUCCCUGACUGUAAAAUUUUCAGGAAUUUUUUUUUUAAUAAGCCUCCAACCUACGCAGAUGUAUGUGUGUUGAUGUAGUGGGCAAUCAAUUGCAAAAACUAAAACCAAUCUUUACAACAUUUUUUAAACUUGUAAUAAUGAGGCUUUCUUCAGUAUAAAGAAAAGUACAUGUGUCUUGGUGGACAAAUUAAGAGCUGGUCUGUUGUCAUACAAGGAUAAAAGUAAGGACACUUUCUAGAAAGCCACAAAAAAAAUUCCUCAUAGAGUUUUUCUUUGGCAUUGAUGAAUACUUAUUGUGCAAGAUCAAAAGGCUUUGCAAAAAGAGCUGUUUUCACAUACAAAUCUUGGAGUUUUGAAUUACACAUCAAGGCGUUUUCGCAUCUAAUUAUUUUCUACUCUUAAAAUAUUUAUUGUCAGAAAAUCUUACCACAGCCUCCAGUUUAUGUAUUAAAGCUUAAGCUUAUGUGUGUUGAUGUACUGCACGAUCGAAUGAUGCAAAACCGAAACUAAACUUACCAACAAUUAACACUUAAGCUUGUAUUAUCGAAAGUGAGGCUUGCUUCAGUAUAAAGAAAAACUUAUCAUUAAAUCAUUAUUGUUUUUUGUGUCAAACAAGGAUAAGAGAAUCAGCAAACUUGUGAAAGCCACAUAAAAAAAUUUGUAGUAAAGGUUAUCUCAGUCAGCAAAUGAUUAAGCUUACAGUGUAUGUUAAUUAAGUCAAGCGAUAUCAAAUCUGCACAGUUUGUAGGCUUUUCAAAGAGUCUGUUUAAAGAUACGAAUCUUAUGGCCAGUUGAAUUGGAUUUGAAUAAUAGAGGGCAAUGUCAGUGAGAAAUGACAGAAUUAUAAACAAAGAAAUGAAAAACAUUGAUACCUGACGGGCUGCGUGGUACAGUGUGUAAGUCGUGUUGUUUUGAUAUAAUUCAAACUUUAUGUAACUAAAGCUAAAUGAAAUCAUUGGUAACAAACUUUUGAAAAGUAAAAAACUAGCGAGGCAACAGUCUGAAUAAAAAACGACAGAAACUAGAUUCUCCCCAGACAGCAAACAUGGAAAAUGGAAUAACAAACAGAGCAAAAAAUAAUUUCUAAUAAACAGUGCAUAAAAGCAAGAUUGCUGUACUUACAGCACGCUUGCGUUGUCUCCAUGUCAGAAUGUUAGAAUGACAAAAAAUUUUCUUAGGGGACUGGACUUGUAAUAAUUUGUCUGAUGAAAACCCCCAGGGGACCCCAGGUAGAGUCACUGGUCCGCAAGGAUGAAGGACGCAUGUAGUCCAUGCACACUCUUUGAAUUUUGGCAGGCAACUCCACCACAUUAUUUUCUCCUUUUCUCAUGCUCAAACUCCUCAAGGUCAGUGUAACUGUUACGAUAGGAGUUGUCUGCAGAGGAGGCUAGAUUGUGUCAUCACUAUAACCAAGUCCAGAUUUUAAGCAAGUAAUUUUAAAUGAGGGCCUGUGAUUCAGAGGCAUUUGUUUUUGAUGCAUAAAACCACUUUGAUCCCCAACAAACAGCUACACUGUAAAAGGCAGGCCCUAACAAUAGUUUUAAGGAAGGUCAGAAAUGCAUAUAUAAGUGUUUUAUCAAAGGACAAUAAAAUUAUGGUUUUGAUUUUGUUCACGCUAAUAUUAUAGCACCCAACUGCUACCUCUUUUUGAGGCCAAAAAGGCCAUUAAAAUCAUUUUUAUGCCAAAUUUGUAAAAUACUGUAGUGUGAAAGUAACAUAACUGUCAUAACGUAAUAGUAAAGAUUUUAACAUCCAUUUCUUUUCAGAAGUCACUUCUUACAAGCAAUCCUUUGUCCUCCAGUGGAGGGACUCCAGUGUAUGGGGAGAAGGUUUGUUUUGAUUAGUAAAAUCAGUAGUCUCUCUGUCUUUCAGUUCAAGGCCUUUCUGGAAAUUAUAAAGCUGCAAGUGACCUCCAGCAAAUUGUUAGAUUCUCUGUCCCAAUGACUGUGUUUGUUAACCCAUUCGCCCCUGAACCGCCCGUAACCGCCCGUGCGGAUCCAGGUCCUUUCUACCCUUUGUGACGUCAUCAGUUUUAACGGUCAAGGACAACUUUGCUAACUUGUGGAGAGUGAAGAGAUCUUUCAAACCAUACCAGAAUGAGCACAAUUCAGUCAAGGACACCGGAGAAACAAGCAAAAAACCACGUGACAUUGACCUGAAAAUCUCCAUGAAAAUCUUGUUCCACCUACCUUUCCUUUCACCUAAUCCUAAGAUCCUAAAAGCUUUCCUAAAAACUCUUCCCACCAAAAGGACGCCUACUAAAUGCCCAGCAAGAGAAAAAAAAAAUGAGGCAAGAAAAGCGAAAAAAGAAGGGAGGAGGAAAAGCGAAAAGUAAAAGUCAAGACUGCUGUGUCACUUUUAAACCCAAAAACUAUGUCGAAAUUUUGCUUUCUGCGCAUGCCCGAACUUUGCAAGCUGAUGUUUUGCAUCUGGAUCAGAAGGCCGCCAGGUGUACGACCUGUAAACCGGUCUGUGGUAAGUUUUAGCUCUUUAUAGCAUGACAGUGACCAGAAAACCAGUCGACUAGCUUCAAAACGCGUUUUUCGGCAAAAUCUCCCGGAGCGAAUGGGUUAAUGAACCCAUUUGCCCCUGAACCAUCCAUAACCACCUGUGUGGUCACAUCCCUUUUAUUCCUUGGAACAUCAUCGGUUAAUAAAUGUCAAGGACAACUUAAAAUAUUGAUAAAAGUCUCAGUCCACUUCCCAGCAGCACUUCCUAAUCCAUCUAAUCCUAUGAUCCUAAAAGUUUUUCUGAAAAAAUUUCCCUUCAAAAUGAAGGCUAGUAUAAAAUGCUCAGCAAAAGAAAACAAAGGGGGCAAUAAAACAAAAGAAGAGGGGUGGAGGAAAGCGACAUUUUACUUUUUUUGUAUGCCGAACUUCAGAAGCUGAUAUUUUGAAUUUAUGAGUCUUAGCUCUUAAAUAAUAGCCAGAUAAUGACUAGGAAAUGGUGCGACUAGCAUUAAGACUCAUUUUUGGGCAAAAUUCCUUGGAGCCAAUGGGUUAAAAGGAGAAUAAUAUUUGAUAUUAUUUCCCUAGUCACACAAGGUGCUGAACACAGUAAGUCUUUCUAGUAUUAUUUAGAAUGGAAAUAAUUAUGAAAUGACUCAUAUUUGACUGUGAGGAUCAUUUCUACUUUCAUUUAAAUCAUCAUAUUAUUUUGUGGUACGUCUUAUAGACUUUAAACUCCAUUAUGCAUCUGGACAAAGUUGCAGAUAAGAGUGCUGAGGAAAUUGGACAGGUGAGAGUUAAGCUUUCAUUUGUUGUCUUUUAAUACCUAAGUUUAAGUGAAGGAUUAUAAUAAAUUACAGAAAAGACAUGAGAAUAAAUUUAGUUGACUAUAAAGAUCUCAUGAACCAUACUGAAACUGUGGGAGAUUUUUUUUUUCACUAUGAAAGACAAGUUAAAUUGAGAGGCUAAAAGGUUUGUCGGACAGUAACAAGAAAGUCUGUUUUUCUUGCUCAUUGCGUUGGAUUUAAUUGGCACAUGUGAAGUUCAUGUUAAAAAUCAGGCCUUAAAGUCAAUUGGUUAAAACUUUUGUUGAUUUUUUUUCUUUUUGUUUUCAAUUUUAGAUCUGGCGGGAAUAUCACAAAGAUAAAGACUGCAUUAGUGCUGUCAUCCCAGUAAGUAAAGUUAAUGUUAAUAAACAUAAAGUAUGCAGGAAGUCAUUGAUGAUGCAAAGUAAUAAAUCUCAUUUUUCAAGAAAUCCUCAAGUUUUGAGCAAGAUAUAGUGCAAGAGAGAUAGACAAGAAGAUAGGAAGAGUAGAAGGAGGGAAUAUCUUGCCGGCACUUUCUGGUUUACAGUGCUGAACAAUAGGCAAAUAAAAUAAAGAAACGAAGGCUACAUGUAAAAUAAUGUUACAGUGUGACUACUGUAACUGAGGCCGCCUAGACAAAGUUGACCAAUCCAAUUACGGGAAAAUAAUAACACAUUCAAUACAUCCAAUCAGCAGCUCUUAAGAAAAGAAAAUAAGUUACUAGAAGAAGAAAAUUUGAAAUAUUAAUACCAAAUGUUUAAAUGGACAGAGAAUCAAAACUAAUAUUGCUCCCUUCCAUUUUUUCAUCAUGGAAAACCAAAAGAGAGAUACCCACUCAAGCUUAAAAGUUGUUUACAAGUAUUAACUUGUUCUCUGAGAAUGCUCAAUGUUUGAUUUACAGAGUAACUUGUAUGACAGAAUAGAAGAGAGAUCUCUUAGGUUCCCACUGGUAAGUAUAUUGAUGUGCGUAUAAAUUCAGUAAUAUGACUGGGAUGUUAUAGAGAACACAGUGCAUGAUAAUUCUUUAUCAGUAUACGAUCAAACCUACUUUUGAAAUGACUCCUGGGUGCAAACCUUUCACAGUUAUACCAUAAAUAGGCAGCUGGCUGGGGCCUGUAUGAAUUCGAUAUAUAACCCAAUGGAUAGGAUUACUAGGUACCAGUUCCCAAGUGUUUUUUGACACAAUUAUGUUCAAGCUAUAACCCACUGUUGUCUUCAUUUACUAGUUAUAGUCUUUUGUAAUAUUAUUAAUUUUGGAAUAUCUUCAUGCAUUAAUUUAACAGAAUAAUAUUUUGUGACACUGAUCAGUAAAUUAAUGAAACCUACAUGUUAAAUGUCCAUACUGCAUUGUAAUAUGGUUUUAAUGUAACAGUACCUAUGUUUCAAUCAUGCCUCACAACAUUCUUUAAUUUAACUUUGGUGGGUUGGAGGAUUAUAACGUUUUACUGCGAUGCAUUUAUUUUAUUGUGCAAUUUUUUAAAAAAAUAAAGUUCUUAAGCCACGUUGUUUUUACAGAAUGUACCUACUGCUCAAAACCAUUUGCAGAUUGAAAUUACAACGGGGGCAAAAAAUUCAGCAUACAAAUGUAGGCAAAAAAAAUCAUGAUUAUGCAAAACUAGUACACAACAACCAUCCAUUUUCCCCCAGCUACUUCAUCUACCUGCCUCAAUUAAUCUUCAAGUAUUUCCUUUCCUCUCUUGGGAGUUGGUAGAUUACCAGCUAAUGAUUAAUGCUAUGUUCACGUAGGUGAUAUAUCUUUUUUUAGUUCAUCUAGCUCGAUCAACCCCAAAGAAGAAAUAAAUGAAUGUUUUUGUAUAAUCUGGCCCUUGGAGUUUGCAUCUUGCUGUCACCUGAAUUGCAUAUUGAAAAAUUAAGGGACACACCUUGAACAAUACCACACAAAAUGGAAAGCUCAUGACAAAAUUAGGUAGAAAGUCAAUUGAGACAUAAGGCAGAGUUUUUACGUACUUUGAAAUCAGUACCAGAUCCAGACCUUGUGAUAAGGUGGAUGGGGGGGUCAUCCUGACCCUUAGAUAAUUUCAUGGCAUUGGACAGGUCAGGUGAUCCACAGCUGCAAAGGGCAUAUUGAUUUUCAAUGUAACCAAUAGUGCUUUAUUAUCUUUCAGUUUAUUUACCCUCUUCCCAGAGAACAAGGGUAUGAAUUUAUGUAUGCUGAGUUUAAAGAUCACAAGUGCUAUUUUACUUCACUUCUACAUUAUCAGGUGGGUAUAAGGACUUUAAAAUGAUAAAUAUUAAUAAUGAUGUUAUUAUUUAUAUGCACGUAAAUGAAGAACUGUGAUCUCACAACACCUGCUGUCCUUAAUUCAAUUGUUUGUUGCAUAUGCUAGCUCCUGGGUGAGAAGGAGGAAGGGGGGAGGGGGGGUUGUGAAUCCUACAUGAAAGGGGGAUACUUGACUUAAAAAGAAAAUUAAACCUAGUCUAAGGAGACCAAUGUGGGUGCGCCUCAGGGUUGAAUGAGGUGAAAGGUUAGAAAUAGCAAUAGUUAAGCAAAGUUCUUCAAACUUAAGAGGUUUUGCUUUUAUAAAAAUUUAAUUGCUGAAUUACUAAAUUUUUUUGAAGGUUGGCCUAAAAUCGUUUGAAGUAUUGAAAAUAGAACUACAUUUAGUGUUACUGCCAGCUCCAUUUGUCAACACAAUUUUAUUUGAGAGCAUAGCAGUCUCAACAAAAAGAAACUCAUUAGUUGGAGAAAAGUUCAUAGAAUUUAAAGGUUAAAUUAACUAAUUCUUUUACACAUCUUUGUCGAUGUUUCCACUGAUGAUGAAUCCUACUAAGUCCUACUAAAAAUAACAAAAAAUGGCUCUUAGUCACCUACAUACAGGUGAUACUUGUAAGUAAAAAUUUGGCUUUCCAUUCAGAACACCCUUAGAAAGAUCAAGAUCUGCAGUUAGAUGACAAGCAUCUCCAUUCCCUAUAUAGGAAUCUGGAAUCCCGCUAACAAUUGAAAUCUAGAAUCCAAGACAGGCUUAGAUUACCUAACAUGGGGUGCAUAAGGGAGUCCCAACUUCAUCACAUGUUUUCUUACUUCAUUACCAAAUAACCAUGCAUGUAUAAAAAAUCCUCAACCACAGCCAGGGAGACUGAUACACCUAAAUUUGCCAGAUUACAACCAUCAAUUUGCUGAAUUCAUUUUCUUUGUUAUUAUAAUUUCAACAGACACAAGGUGAGAAUGCUCCUUGGUCACUAGCAAUGAAGCAUUUUACUGACCUCAGAGAGAGUAAAGGUUGGUAUUAUACAUGCCCAUACGAAAAUACAGGUGUACAAAACAACUUCAAUUUACCUUACAUUUGACUGGAACCCUAGUUACAGCCAAUAAGCAGUCAAAUGACAGGUAUCUUUAAUACAUAAUUUAUUUAUUUUCUUUGGUUCGCCAGUUCCUGGCAGGGUGACCGCAACAAUGCGUGGCGCCACUACACGGGCCCUUAACAGUCCCUCCCCCAUGAAAGAUAGGCCACCACACAGGGGACUAUGUCCCCUAUACAAAGGGGACCAUACAAAUUGUGUCAAGGUUGUAAUGUUUGAAUUUAGAGGAAAUAUACGGGAAUAUUGAAAAGUACUGGUGCUAAAUUGUGCUUAAAGAAAACAUUAAUUUGGAGAGACCUUGUCACCUGAACUUUUUUUAAAUUCAUUUAUUAAUAUUGAUUAAUUUUAAUGUUUUUCUUUAUUUUGUACAGGGAUAGUGCUGAUGGUAGGGGAAGUGGAUACAAACGCAAUGGUAAGUUAAGAAUUGAAGGUUUUAGGAUAGCGGCAACUCUUCCUUUGUAAUACAGCUACAUAUGAUCAGUGCUAGUACAACUACCUUAAAGGACACAAUGCCUUUCCUGGCGGGUUUAAAUAUUUAAACAAAACAAAACAAAAGCCAAGAUAGCCGUUUACUUUUGCAAGCUACCGCGAAGCGUCCAAGACAACAAUCUCAUUGUCUAGCAUCAUUUUCAAACUAGCCUCACUAUUUUUGUGAUAGGUGGAGCGCUACUGAGUUCUCUGAUACUGACUACAACAUCUUAAUCAAAAGAAACAAACGAUUAAAUCUCCCUUACAACAGGCCUUUUCUAAAACAACUUGCAGAACUUUGAUUAGAGAAGAUUUGAGUAGAGUCCCGCCAGGUACGUAGGCUAGCUACCGUAAAAUUAACGUUUCUAGUACCUUUAUUUCAGAGCGUCUUGGAUGCCCAGUGGCUGGCAUAUCAAGUUCAGAUGUACUACUCAUCGGAGAGCAGUCACAGAGAGGAGAUCCUCAAGACGUUUAAUGUUUUCCCGGACAAAUUUGAUCACAUGACAGUUGUUAACGAACUGAGUGCCGAAAUUGAAAGCGGCGUAUUGAAAGGAUUACCGAAAGACUAACGUAAAAGUGUCGAUAAACUAAAUGCGCCAGAGAUUGUAUGACUUUACACGUUGUCUUCAGUGUUCUCCACAUUCAAAUUGGCACUUGCAUGGAGAAAGCCGAAAGUAACCCCAACGAUAGACCUUAUUCACGAUAUCUGCAAUCUUUGCACGCACCAAAGGACUGAUGGGAUAAAAGCGAUGUCACGUGCUUUCUCAUGGGAAAACAAGUGAUAAAGGUUGUUUACCAUUUACAAAAAGUUUCCGGAAAAUCCGGUUGGAAAGGAAAUGGAGCACGACUAUUUGGUUCGCUCCACCGGAAAACUUCCGAGAGCAACGGAACAUCUGAAAAGGUAGUCCUGUUUUUCCGAACGGAAUGUUCUAAUCAGAAAUUCGUGUUCCAUUUCGUUGAUACCCAGUUUCAGGCCUUUUUUCGGUAAAUGGAACUGAUUUGUACAAAUAGUAAACGCGAUUCCAUUAAUCCAAUCCGUCAACCGACAGGUUUGCUUACCUUUAUUCUAGACAACAGAAAGUGAACAUCUUUUUAUCUUAAAGACGAUAAAAGCGAAUUUUGAUGCAGUAGCUACCGCUGAUGUCCUCAUAGCAAUUAAUAGUGGAGUAAAACUUGUCGAAACUUGAACUGUAUAUUUUGCACUUCUAAUAUCGUCGUCUCCUUUUGAGGGAAUAAACGAACUCGACCGCGAUUACUCGUAUUGACAACUUUUCACUUGUUUGCCCCACUAAAUCACCACGCGACAUUGCUUUUAUUCCAUGAACCUUAAUGCGCGCGAAAAUAUGGCGAUAUGGUGAAUAAGAUCUAUUUUGUACAAAAUGAAAUAUGUACAGAAGAUUUUCCAUUUCGUGUCUGUUAGGUGCUUUCCGAAAGUUCUAAGCACAUGACAGCGCUGUUUUCACUUGCCUGUAAGAUAUUCUAUGAAAA